AUGCGCGCACACUGUUCGCUCAUAAUGCCAGAGUCUGGGACAGAAUCAGAACGUACUCUAGGGAACAAAGACUUUGUGAUAUUUGUAAGUAGAGCGUGUUCCAUAAAAGUCUUGUGAUUUAUGUGCCACUUCAAGGUACGGUUUUCAAAACCGAAACAUAUCGCCAACUGUUUCGCCCCCACGUUCACGAUUUCUUCAUCUAUAUCGCUAGUCGCUUUCACUUUAUAAUGCUUGUUCGAACUUCAAUACUUACACAAUUCGGUUCCGGUAGAUGCCAUAUCUCCACUGGGAAUCGCACAAACGUCGAAAGCAAAUGGCCGAAGUGACGCGAGAAAUCACAUCACAGCACCUCAAGCACAGCCCUCGCGGUACCCAGGUUUUCCAAGACGCAUUGGCAAGAACCGCUUAA